AUGGCGAAGGCUUAUAAUAGGGUUUCUUGGAAAUAUCUUCUACAUGUUUUGAAGAAGAUGGGGUUUGCAGAGCAUUUCAUCAACAUGAUAGGGAACUUAUUGGUUAACAACUGGUACUCAGUGCUAAUCAUUGGCCAAGCAUCAGGGUUCUUUAAGUCCAACAGAGGGGUGAAACAAGGUGAUCCCCUAUCUCCUACUUUGUUCAUUUUGUCUACGGAGGUAGUAUCAAGAUCACUGAAGAAUCUUUUCUUAGACAAGAAUUUCAAAGGAUUUGGAAUGCCCAAAUGGACAGAUCCAUUAAACUAUUUGGCUUACGCAGAUGACACUAUAAUCUUUUCAUCUGCUGAUCCUUACUCUUUGAAGAAAGUAGUUGACAUGCUCACAAACUACAAACAGAUUUCUGGACAGCUGAUUAAUAAGUCAAACAACUGA